AUGCUCACAUACCACGCAAACCGAUUAUUUCUCCCUGAUGACAUAACUCGUAUGGUUGUCUUCAACUUGCCUGCUCAUGACCUCGCCCAAUUGUCUCGGACUUGUAAAGCACUAAACGAGUUCGCCAAAUCAAGGUUAUGGACUCAUCUUGAGUUUCAUCAUUCAAGCUUUCACGAACAAUGUGAUAAAAAGCAACCACGUCCUAUUAUAUCCGGAUCGGCUCGCUUUUAUCACUGGGGCCCAGACAGCCCUGGAUAUCGGAAAUUAUGCACGCUUCUUGAGAUGCUGCACGGUUUGCUGUCUAGCGACGUAGAGCAGUUCAAGGCCCUUUGUGCCCGUGUAAGGUCGAUAUGCACUGUUCUCGAAGGAAAGCCGGAUUUCUGGCAGCUACAGCCUUACUUUGUUAAUCUCGAAACUAUUGAGAUACACGGCUAUGAUCAAGAGGCUGCUGAGGCCCCAGCUUUUAAUGUGACCGCGGCCCCUUUAGACAAGCUGCGUUUUGUAAAGCUGGCUGGGUAUAUUCCAACCCCUGCUGUGUCAUGGAUUUUGGCGUCUGGUAGUACCAUCGAACGACUCGAGCUUGAACUGCUAAAAGAAGGUAUACCGCUAGCUAUGGAACUCGAAGAGAUCCUCGCCACCCACCCUGAAGAUGUCAAUAGCCCUCUUCGGGACGACCUUGGAGGGGACGGAGAUGGGUGGGCAUCUAUACCGCGACCACUGUCUGGGUUCUUACCUCGCGGACCCGAUGGCGAGUAUCAUUUAGCCCUGCCAAAGCUGCGGUACUUAUACCUGUGCCAGCCGUCCGAUAAUAAUUUGGAUUCGGAAGUGAUGCAGAACUACUUUUGGUCGACAAAUGCAGAAACCAUUGCACAUAAGGACUGGGAAAGAAUAUUGAAGGCUUCUAGCCCAACACUAGAGACGUUGAUGCUGGAGCAGAAGAUUGGGAUAGAGGACACAGACCCAGAAUCCGAGCGCGAGCAUCAAUUCAUCAGAAGUGACAAGGAUGGCCUUCGAAGCGAAAGGCUAAUAAAUGUUAUCGAGGGUGUCUUGCAAAGAGAGUUAUUCCCUGUAUUGAAAUCUGUGCAGUUAAAAGGAAUAGCAGUGGGCCCAAAUACUCCAGGUGGAAGAUUCUUAGAACUCCUUAAGGGCAUGAAUAUUAGGUGUGAAGCUAGGCUAGGCGAUAGCUGCACGUUUGAUGCGGGUGAGGGAAAUAUGAUGCUCGAUGAUUGGGAGAUAUAUGGAGGGGUAGAUAACAAUCCUGAAGGGGAGGAACUGUUAGCUACUGUGUAA